UUGAUAUCAGUACAAAUCAAACAAAUCCAUAGUUUAAUCGAUUAGUAUAUUGAUCUAUGAGCACCUAUUUAUAAACAUUUGCAAUAUGUGAUUUAAAAUGAAAUUAAUUAUGAUUUGUAUUUGAGUGGAGUUAUAGCAAACACAGCUAAGGAAGUAUGACGCCCAACAUAGGAAAUCAAAAAAAUGUAGUAGGUCUAGUACCUGUACUUUUGGGUACUUUGUUCGUUUUAGCAUGUGCAGAGGGAAGUGUGACUCUUACUAUGUUAAGUGACUUUGCUGACAAAGGAAGCAUGAGAUGUAACAGCAAGGUCGUGUUGAUGUGUAAGGUUCAACCAUAUUCAGUUGCAAUGACAUUGGAGAUAGACAAAAAAGCAGCUGCUGAAUGCACAUAUGAUUCAUGCAAGACUUUCAUAACGGAAGUGGGAAACUAUGGGUUUUCCUUUGAUACAAGCAAGGGGAUAUUCAAUAUUACAUUGGAUCCAGUGACAUUUGCUAUCAAUGGGAGAACAUUCAAGUGUGAUGACGGAUCUGAUUUUGCUUAUAUCAAUGCAUUGGUAAAAGUUAUACCUGAUAACAGUGCUACUACUGUGACGUCUUCGAAAAGUUCGUCCUUUACUGAAAUAAAAGCGAGGACAGGAUGUCUUCAUCCGAGUUCAAGUGUAACGUUUGAAUGGUAUUAUUUCAAGGACGGAGACAACCCAUUACUAUACAUGGAAAGCCUGUCCAGUCAAGCAACUGACGAGUACGGCUGUACAACCGGACCUUGUGGCGGAAAAGGCGUUGUCCGGGUAACAAGUACUCUCAACAUAAAAGAAGAUCCUGACGGUGAGGAAUAUUAUUUCCAGGUUCUUGUGAAACAUCCUGAUACAACAGAUAUCAUAGUUCGAGCAGACAAACCUUUUAAACUGAAACGAAAAAUCGAAACCGAAGCAAGUUCUGUUACCCCAGUCCCUGUAAGCAGUUCUGCUUAUUCUGUGCAUGCCAACCGAGCUGGCAAGACUGGAUUGAAUCUAGGUGCCAAGAUGCUGUCUCUGUUCCUGACAUUCUAUUUGCUAUAAUGUUACGUGACAUGAUAUGACGGUUGAGAGUUAGAACUACAGUAUUAUUGUGUGUUAUAGCUAAAGAUGCAUUGACAGAAUAUUCUUUCCACUGAGAUAUGUUGGAAUGAUCUUACAAGCAAACAAGAAAGAGAAAAGCAAACUAGAGAAAUAUUCUAUUUCUACAUCGACUGUAUUGUUUAUCAUAUCUAUCAAUAUGAUCAAAUGUUUCAAUAAGCUUAAAACUGUGCAAAAGACCUUAUGUGAACAUAAUGCAAUCGAGACUGAAGAGCACACGUUUUCGUUUUAUUUGUUUCUUAUCUAAUGAUUUGAUUUCUUUCCCUUUUAUUUAUUACAUUUUUAUGAUGUUAUGAUUUCCUUUCCUUUUCUGUUGUUUUUCUUGUAUUUUCCCGUUGUGAUAUGUACUAUAUAGAAUACUAUUAACCUAUGAGUUAUUGAAAACUGGAAAACAUUUGUCAUGUAAUGGUUUUGAAAAUUGUUCCACAUUCUAUGUUUCCAAAUAAUCUCCUCUUAUUUUAUGUAGUGUAUGAAUACUUUUUCUGUUAAAUCAUCUUAAAAGAGAACUGAACAAAUGCUGUUUUAAUUUACGGUUACGUUACUCAAAAGUAUAGAAGAUAUUUGUUUGUUUUAGUAUAAGAUCGUUAUAUAGUUUACAGAGUGAACACCAUAUGCAAUAUUUUCACGAGUGGCAUAGUCACUUAUUUUUUCUUACCAAGUUUUAGUGUUAUGGCUUUGAUUUUUAUGUGACUUAAAUUCUGCACAGUCAUUUUUCAUAAAAACCUUAUAUUUACCAGUAUAACCUCUCUCGAGCGGCUCUCUCUACAGCAAAACCUCAAUUUAUUAUCAAUAAAACCUCUAUAGAGCAACAACCUCUCAAGAGAGGUCAAUAUCUGCUUCUCCCAAAGGGUUGCUCUGCAGAGGUUACACUGUAUUUACAACAGAUCAACUUCCUCAGACUCUUGAUGAAUAUAUAUAUAUAUAUAUAUAUAUAUAUAUAUAUAUAUAUAUAUAUAUAUAUAUAUAUAUAUAUAUAUAUAUAUAUAUAUGAAUGAAUGGCACUUAUUUGCCAGUUAUGGUCGUCUCUUUUCGUUUGUCUUAUUCUAAUGCAAACUAUAGAACAUUCCAGAGCUUUUUCGUUUGUUCCAUGCAUAUAUCUUUCAGAAAUAAACAAGAAUGUCAAGCAUUUAUAUAUACAUAUCAUGGGUCUAUAAAAGUUGAGAUGUUUUAGUUUCAACGCUUUUCUGAUCUAAGGAUUAAAACAGAAGAAAAUUCAGUUAAAAGGAUAUUGGAUACAUUUUAUAUAACUGAGAAUUUUAUUUCAACAAGUUAUGGAAAUUAUUCCGACUUAAGUGUACUUUUUAAACUUUAGCAAAACUACAAAACAAGGAUCAGUAAAUACUGAAUAUAAUAUUAUUUUUAAACAUUGUUUCAAGCAUAUAUUAUUCAACUUUUAUAUCACAAUCCAUUAUUCUAGAUAGUAUAAUUGUUUAAAAACGUUGUACUUGAUUUUCGUCCUGUAACCUUGCUACCUAGUUGCACGUUUAUUUUUUCUUUUCAAAAAUACUGCAAACCUUUUACGAGGGCUCUUCAAAAAUAAUGUAGACUUUUUCUCUUGCUUUUAUAUACUUUAAUGAAGCAGAACAAGAAAUAUACCAUCAUAAUUUGCAGUCUUUCUACUAACUGCACUGCAAAUUUGACGCCAUUAUGAUCAUGCAUUCAGGAGUUACACUUCCUUGAAAACAGUCACUUACACGGACCCGGCGCACGGCGAUCAUAUUUCAACGACGCUAACGACGUCGUGCCUUCAUUGUGAUGUUUUCAUUAAGUUUGCAUUAAUUCAUAUUUAUAAAUUUUUUUUAUAAAUUUUCAUAGCAAAACUUAACUCAAAUCAAGUUGUUUGGUUAGAAUACUAAAUAUGUAUGAACACUUUCGACACGCAUCUCAGGCAGGGUAUUCAACGUGAGUACUUGGUCUUUAUCUACGGCGUCAUACAUUGGCGUUAACGUCCAUUCGCAGUUUUUCCGUUUUCUCCCUCAAUCUCCGCUGUUUUUAAGCAAUUCUGGGCCAUUUGAAAAUCGUUUAUACCACUUUAAGGUAAAGAAAGAGAUGACUGAACAUUGUUGUUGCGUCUGCUUUAUUGAAUUAUGAUUUGCAGUUGCUGUUCGCCAUAACUAAGCAACUGUUUGAUCAUCCAUGUUAGUCGAUGACGACAUUGCAUGCAUCAUAAACAGUAAUACUCACUUAGUUCAAACGUUGUUUUCUUCCGUCUCCCAUGUCGGAAUGACACCAUACUCUAAGUACAUGUCGCCCUGACGUGUUGCUGCACUUUGGCGUAUUUUUGGGCAAAAAGUGUACUUUUAGCUGCGAACAUUAGCGAUCGAAUUCAGAUCGCGACAUAUCAAAAAGCGACUGCGCCGGUUAUGCGUAGCUAUGGUAAUAAAAACCUUCGACGCGCUUUGCCUAUCAGCAAAAAUGUUACAAAAUAUGUAUGACCAAAUAACAGAGAGAUUCCGAAUUACAACGACAUAUUUCACAUUAUUAUCGACACAGUAAGCAACAUUUGACAGCAAAAGUCUACGAUAUUUUUGAACAACCCUCGUAUAUCCAAGUUGUAAACCUCUAAACUAACACGUUUUAUCUGAUUGUUAAACCGUUCUAUGUUCAGAGUCAGAGGCGAUAAAAAUUGUCAAUACAGAAACAACAUGCUGGAGUUACUUCCACUAUCAACGAAGAAAAUUUAUAUGUAACAAAUAUGAAAAAAACUAACAUAUGGACAGGAGCCAAGGUUAUAAUUGUAUGUAGAUCGUAAUUACCAAGUUUCAUAUAAAUUUAUGACAUUGUGUGGGUUGGUCGCUAUAAAGUUAUUUACACAUACUAAAAUUUAUUUCCUUACUGCAUGAUCCCAUAGUUACUGUAGUAGUACUGAUCAUAAUCUGUGCAUUGCAUAAUAAUGUUUAUUUCUUAAAAAAAUCAUAAAAUGUGAUUUAUGUAAUGUACCCGUAAUGAUAUUCGGCAACUUACGUGACAUAACGUAAUAUCCCGAUGAUAUUUCGGCAGUCUUCGGCUGCUAAUAUAACUCGAUCGAGCAAGGAGACGGACAAAGCCGAAGUAAGUUACGGAGAAAACGAUAUCGCACGGAUAUUGCCGAUAUUCAUUACAGGUCCAUUUAUUUAAUAGUAACAUUGAAAUACGGCCCUGAACUGCACUGUGUAUAUUAUUUGUUUAUGAUAAAUAUGAGACUGUGAUUCCUAACAUACUUACUAUACUUUGUAUAUUAUUUUUAUGAUAAAUAUAAGACUGUGAUUCCUAACAUACUUACUAUACUUUGUAUAUUAUUUUUAUGAUAAAUAUUAGACUGUGAUUCCUAACAUAUUUACUAUACUUUGUAUAUUAUUUUUAUGAUAAAUAUUAGACUGUGAUUCCUAACAUAUUUACUAUACUUUGUAUAUUAUUUUUAUGAUAAAUAUUAGACUGUGAUUCCUAACAUACUUUACGUUCUAUAUUAUUGUUAUGAUAAAUAUUAGACUGUGAUUCCUAACAUAUUUACUAUACUUUGUAUUAUUGUUAUGAUAAAUAUAAGACUGUGAUUCCUAACAUACUUGCUAUUCUAUUUGUUCAUUAUUAUUAUCGUAACUAGUAGCAUUUUUCUUUAACACAUAAAAGCCACCAAGGUGAAUAUAAUGAUUUUUAUCAAAUUUUUCAAUCAGCCUGGUUCAACAAAACAGAAGGAAAAAAAGGUAUUAACUUUGAAUAUAAUUACGUUUCGCUUAUCUUUAGAAACGUGAAUGUAAAGGCUAUUUUAUUACACUUUGAUUAAUAGUAAUAAAACUUAAAAUUAUACAAACACGGACGUUAUAUUGUAUACACAAAUCAGUUAACCAACGUCAUAACAAGGAAAUAAAGUGUCGAAUUUGUAA